GAGCUGACAUCUCAAAGCUACAGGGGACAGCUCCGUGGUGCUGAAACAACCAACAACACACGUACGCUGCAACACCACGUACGCCGAAAAAAUACACCUGGAACCAUGGAAGGGCACUCUUGGCAACUUUUUCUACUUUUUGUCUUAGUUCUGGAGGGGUCAACGCAAGAUUUCGUACAGACCCAGUUUAUUUGCACGUCUGUGCCCAAGGAUAUGGACUUGUGUGCGGCUACCAUGCAGAACAGCGGUCCGGCGGAGGACCUGAAGACCACCGUAAUGCAGUUGAGAGAGACCGUGUUACAGCAAAAAGAGACCAUUAUGAACCAAAAGGAGACAAUCAGGGAACUAACGUCGAAGUUGAGCAGGUGUGAGAGCCAGAGUCUACCCGAGGCCGGAGCUGGGGGUCGGAGGAUAGGACCAGGUGCCAAAAACACUAUGGGGGACGUAUCGAGGGGUCCACAAGACACUCUCGCUCAACUAGGGCAGACUUUACAGACUCUCAAACAGAGGUUGGAGAAUCUCGAGCAAUACAGCCGAAACAACGGUACCGCCCAGGCGAAUAGUCUGAAAGACCUGCUUCAGAACAAGAUCGAUGAUAUGGAGAAGCAGGUGCUGUCCCGGGUCAACACCCUUGAGGAGACUAAGCCGGGUCAGAAGAAUGACACGGACCAGCGAAACCGAGUGGAGUCCACACUGACCUCCAUGCAUCACAGGAUAACCGACCUAGAGAAAGGUGGGAAAGAAAACAGACCACUGGACAAAUUCCAGCUGACCUUCCCGUUGAGAACCAACUACAUGUACGCAAAAGCCAAGAGAACCCUGCCGGAGAUGUACGCCUUCACCGUGUGUCUGUGGAUUAAAUCUAACGCGUCGCCUGGGGUGGGCACACCUUUCUCAUACGCUGUCCCAGGACAGGCCAACGAACUGGUGCUGAUUGAAUGGGGAAAUAACCCGAUGGAGAUACUAAUCAAUGAUAAGGUAGCCAAGUUGCCGUUCAUCAUCAACGACGGGAAAUGGCAUCACAUCUGCAUCACCUGGACCACACGCGAUGGCGUAUGGGAGGCGUUCCAGGACGGAGUGUUGCGAGGCAGCGGAGAGAAUCUAGCGCCAUACCACCCCAUCAAGCCGCAGGGGGUUCUCGUAUUGGGACAAGAGCAGGACACACUAGGGGGAGGUUUCGACGCCACACAAGCAUAUGUGGGUGAACUUGCAAAUCUCAACAUGUGGGAUAGGAAGCUUUCCAUCGGGGAUAUUUAUAACCUGGCAACCUGCAAUAGUAAAGCGCAAGCUGGCAACGUCUUCUCUUGGUCGGAGUCCAACAUAGAAAUAUUCGGUGGAGCUACCAAGUGGACAUUCGAGCCGUGCCGUUCUCUCAACUGAACACUGAACUGCAUUUCGCCAUGAAACCAAUGCCAAUUCGAGAUAACCUAUCUGUAUUUCUUCUGAGCUUCAGUCGUUCUUGUCUUCAUUUUGACGUUCAUUACAGACAAUUUGGUAUUUAUUUAUUGGUAAGCUUAAAUUUGGGAUUUCUAUUAGAUAUUUAUGUGCGAAACAACGUUUUUUGGUCUUGAAAAAAAUAUAAUUCGUCUUGGAAACCUCAGUUGGACAGUGUUGGUAUCAGUUUGUCGUUUUUCGAUUGGAGUUUUGUCGCAAGCGCACUUGAGCUUUUUUGAUUAGCUUAUUUUGUAUCGGACCGGCAGCUGGGCAAUCUACGCCUUUUGUUGGACCAUUCACAGAACAGUGCGGAAUCUAGGGAGCAAUCCUCUUGUCUCCCUUCAGAUCGGAACUCAAGCUGUCCGUCCAUGUCUUGUCACUAUUUGACGCCGUGGAAUUAUGGUGGACAUUCGAUACAGCAUCCUCCCAAUCCCCCACCCUCAGCCACUCCUCCGGAACUUGCACUGUGAAUGACGAGAGAGCCAUGCAGAGUGAGGACGCCGACGGUACGUUGAAGGACACUGCACAGUCGGGACUUUAAAAUCAUUUGUAAUUGUCGUUCGCUUCAAAGUGUUUCCUGUAAACGAAUGUCAUUAAUUGCCAACAUGCUACGAAGCCUGGGUGCCUUGGGCUGGUGCAAAUAUUCAGUAUACGUGUUAAGUUGCGGAUUCAAUGUGUCGUUUGUUUUUUAAUUCCUUUUUGGGGAGGGUGGGAGAGUUUAUUGUUAUUCUUCUGAUAAAUGUAAUUUACUUGAGGUUUGUUAACGGACAUGAUGACGUGUUUGGGCAGGUGUUUGUACUUUCUGUGUUCGGAAUGUUACAUUAUCUGUAUAGUAACAGCAUGAGUGACUGACAGAAUGCUGCCACAGCGUCUUCAACAUCUGCUUUACUAUCCUUUCUGGGGACCAGGUGGUUUUCUACUGUAUUGUUAUAUGCUCCAAGCAUGGCAACACUGAAAUAUAUUAAAAAGAUCUAAUUUUUGUAAUAAAAUUGUGAUACAUAAGAGUUUAA